AUGCAACGGAUCAAACGAACAGUUAAACGAUGGUCUGCCAGUGCGACCAUUUUGAACCGUUCUUCACGGAUCGUUGCGCUCACAGAAGCUGACAUCGACUCUGGCAGCUGCGUGUACGAUCUCAAGCACCCGCCGCCCUCGGAUAACGCAUCGCCCACCCAUGAUUUUAUUGGCCAGCUGCCUUUCGAAUCUUUCGAUGACCCUCCAGGUCGUACCCCAUCCUACGACCAAGAAUCCUACUUUACUAGACCUUCGAAUCGCAUUUCCUACUGCGACCAAGGAACAUCCCUGCUGGGUCGCUCCUUUUACGACCAAGCGCCAUCCCCUCCAAAAUGUCUACCCUACGGUCGUCGAAAACCAUCCUCCUGGAGUCGUUCAUCCCGCAUCGAUGUGGAAUCUUUCCCUUUGUUUACCCAACUCCUCAUACCCGACAAUGCAAGUGCCGACAGCGACAGGCUAUCGCGCCUUCCUCGAGAGCUCAACGACCGCAUCCCACUUGAGAUCGUCUGGCAGGUCAUCGACUGGCUCGUCAGCGAUAACCAGAGUCUUCUGGACUGUGCGCUUGUCUCGCAUGCAUGCUUCGAGUAUUGCAUGGGGCUCCUGUAUACAGAUAUCGUCAUCUCGCGCCAAGGGACAUUCAGCCUGCUCGCACAAUCGGGGUAUCAGCACGCUGCUGUGAGGGAACGCCUCUCUCUCACGCGAUCGCUGCAACUCGACGGGGGCAACAUCGUGUUUGCUCCAGAUGGCGAGAACGAUGGCGAGAGAAACAGUCCGCGAAGACCCAUCUCCGUAGAGAGCAUUUCCCCUGGUGCAUUGUUGACUCUCUGCCCAUCUCUCGAGUGCCUGGCCUUCCGGAACUGCACGGCCGCCCCAGCUCAUCACACAUUCUUCCGGUCGCUCCGUCUCUGCACGUCGGUGACUGAGCUAACCCUCGCCAACGUCACCUUCUCCAACUUUUGCGAUCUGCAACGCGCUAUUUCCUGCCUGCCGCGUCUGCACAGACUGGAACUGGAGGGUAUCUCGUAUCCUAGCCAUAAACGUCUAUCUCUGGGCAUUAACUUAGGCAUUCGGGCUCGCGGACCGUCGCACAGCUCAGUACUGUCGCAGCUGGGUCAUCUUUGCAUUGGUAGCAAUCUACCAGGAGACAUACUCUUCGCCCUCGUAGAUUGGCUCAUCGCCACUCCGGCUAUCUGCGAGGGAAUACAUACCUUGGAGGUUUGGCAGACGGACAGCUAUUUAUCUUCGAUAAAUAGGCUGCUUCAAGCCAUCGGCCCAUCCUUGCUAAACAUGCACGAGAGAAGCAAAGUAGCGGGUAAAGAACACCCACAUUUCGAUCUUCGUCACAACACCCGCUUACGCCGCCUCCACUCCUACAUCGAGUCGCUCGAAGAGGCCCCCGUGCAGGACACGCUCCUGCCCUUCCUCUCAACAGUCCACAGCAACCAUCUCGAGGAGAUCAAGCUCUCGAUGUGUUUCGGGCUGCUCUUCAGCACCUCGUUCGAGGCGCGAGUUGCCAAGUCCAUACCUGAUCCUGGCCGCCUUGCACCGUUGCAGCGCUCCGUGUUCGCGACGCUGCGGUCUGUGGUAUUGGACAUAAGGCUGGGCUGGUACGCGCAGAGGGAGGAUCUCUUUCUGGAGCAGAUGCGCAUGAUGCUUGCGCCGUGGCAUGCGCGUGGUAUACUCACGGUCGAGAGGACCGUGGGGUUGUUCUGA